CUAAUUAAACACUGACAAACAGCCCAACUGACAUAAAAUCACCUGAAUCUGCUUUUUCCUUUCACUUUAUAUUCCUUCAAAAUGAUGCAAACUGUUUAUCACGCUCUAAUCUGAAAUAUUAUAGUUGUUAUUUAUUCUUCAAAUACGGUUUGUGUCUUAGAAAGUGUUCAAUUACAAAGCUGCAGUGAGUUCUAAUGUGAAUAAUUUGUAAAAUGGGAACAACCCUCAUGACACUGGUGGUAAGAGCCCGCCCACUUUCACGCAUCACUGACUAUAAGGACCAGACCUUCUCCUCAGGAAGAAAGUCUGAAGAACAGUUUGGCUGAAUCAGAAGUCCUGACAGGUGGAUACAGACGUCUCUGGAGAUGUUUCGCCUCGUGGCCCCCGCCGCUCUCCUCCUCCUAUCCAUCGUUCCCACGGUAACCGAAGUGGUGAGGUCCAUAUCAGAGUGCAACGAGUACUUCCUUGAUGAUGCUGCACCAAACAUCCCUGGAAUCCUGGUGGGAGGGGAGAUCCUGGACCAGAACAGAUACAAAGCCAUCUGCCAGACUUGGAACGACAGGAGACGUUUUGUGACGCUUUACGACACAGAGAACAAGAUCCCGGUGUUUUCAGCCUACAAAUACCAAGGGGCAGAGAAAAUUAAGAGGCCCGGCGGAUGGAAAAUAGAACCACAGCUUGAGAACGAAAGUAGCAGCAAGAACAUGGAGAAAUCCAGUAAUGAAACUUACAGCCAUCAGGCAGCGGAUGAGGAUUACAAAUACCAAACACCGUUAACCAGAGGACAUUUAUUACCAUGCUCCUACGGAUCGACAUUUGAUGAUAAGGUGUCUACCUGUACCCUUACCAACAUUGUUCCACAAGAAAAAACUUUUAACAGUCAAAGUUGGAACAACAUGGAGACAUGUGUCAAAUGUGUUCUGGAUAAGUACUGUAGGAACAACAACGGUGAAAUAAAGGGCUAUUUGGUAACUGGAGCACAGCCUGGCAACAUAACGAUGAAUAACAGGGUGAAUGUUCCUUCCAUGAUGUGGUCAGCAUUCUGCUGCCAAAGUCACGGCGGGUGGCUGGCAAGUGCACACUGGGGCCAUAAUGAGGAAGAAAAGGUGAACGAAAAACGUCUUGAAACAAAGACUUUGCGGGAGCUUGAAGUGAAGAUAGGUGAAGCUCAAAUCUUUCCUACACCACAAUACAAGUGUCCUCUCACCACAACAGUCUCUCACUUGUACCCAAAUCUUGCAAACAAUUGCAACUGCCCUCCACACAUUUCAUCUACUUCUGCCUCGUCCACCACCUCUCGCCCCAACUACACACUUACUGCUAUGAGUAUCACGACUGCUUACUUACUCCUCGUCCUUACUUGGUCCUUUUAGUAGGACAUCUGGCCCUCUUAUCUGGUCAUAACUCUCAGUUGAUCACGUUGCAUAAAUUCCUGAGUAAUAAUAACUUGUCUGUGAUUUGACUGAGUUGAUUUCUCUUCAAUGUUAUUUUAAAUGCAUUUAUUUGCCUGAUUAACAGCAUUUUAAAUGUAUUAUUUGUUGGAAAAUGUUAUGGAUUUAAGUAGAAGUAUAUUACAUGUAGAAAUGUUUAGUGUAUAAUUGUAGUUUGUGUGAUGUUAGAUAGUAGAUAUUACAUUUGUAUGUUAGAUGAAGUGAAUGCAUUAUAGUCAAUAACAAUUUAUAGUCAUGUAAAUCAUAUCAAUACUGUACACAUUAACAUCCUGUCACUGCACCAGAUAAACUGUGAUGAACCAUUAAAGACUGUGAUCUCA